CGCACAGAGUUCUCCACAAGAAAGAAGCACCACUGUCAGCAGAGCACCGCGGCCCGCGCCGGGCUCUCGGACCUCGGAUCCUCCCGCAGCUGUAGCCGGUGUGUGUGGUGUGCGGAGUAGGCGCGAUGAGCUGUUGGAUUAGCAGCUAACGUGCUAACAGCCUGUUCGUAUUGAAGUUGUUCGCACAUUAAACCGAGGACAUGUUCAGAAAUAUGAGCGAAGAAGGACGUUUAAUGGGCGGGGGGCGCCCCCCCUCCUCCUCCUCCAUGCCCGGACUGGACAGCCAGGAAAGUUCGUGGAUCGGCCUGCUGUCCAGGCCCGCGAUGGCACUGGUGGAGAAAAUCCGGAACCGAACUCUGAAAAGCAGCUUGGUUACCGAGGAGAGCGAAUUUAUUAGCCCGCUGGAGGACGUGCAGCUCGGGCCUCCUCAGCUGUCCUACCUGCAGUGUGAGCCCCGAGGCGUGGGGGCUCUGCCGUGGCUCUCCGCGGACUCGCUACGGGAAAUCGGGCUCCAGAACGGGGCAGAGGUGGACCUGAGCCUCUGCCAGCAGACCCAAUUCAGAUACCUGUCUUCGUUCCGGGCUGUUCUGGGCCACAUGCUACUCAGUUCUCAGGAAGUAAAGCCCCCGGGAGGGCAGAGCUUGUCCAGCAGGCCAUGGUGGGACAGCUUCUGGGGGGGCAAGGAGUGCUCUGAGAGGGAGCCGCUGUCCCGCGGGAUGCUGGGAGAAAAUGCUGGAGCCAGCGACCACAAAGAGCAGCUGGUGAACAAUGGAAGCCCCCCCACAGUCCAGAACGCUGUGGCAGACCGCCAGCUCAGCAUCAGAGAUCCACAGAACUGCUCAGGAGCCACCAUCGCCGCAGCCUUACCUGUGACGCCCGAGCAGGACAAUGGGUACUCCAGCCUGGAGGAGGAGCACCUGUCCGGCGUGACGUCCGCCAGAGCAGAGCCGUCAUCACCACAGGAGACUGAGGGGAUGGAGGAGGUGGUGCUCGCCGUCCCUCAGUGCCAGAACAAAACUAUCAACUUCAUCAUGGGUGGCCCCUGCAGCGAGGAAGAGGACAGCCAAUCAGAGGAGUCAUCCUCUGAUGAUGACGAUGAUGAUGGCUUUGACAGCGAGGGCUCCUCUGAGAUGUCUGAUGGCACUGAUGAUGAUGAUGAUGAUGAUGAGGAUGAUGACAGUGAGGCAGAAUCAGAGGCGGAGCGUUUGUGGCGCUCUCUGUGCCACAGCGAGGACCCCUACGACCCCCGAAACUUCACUGCCCGCCUGCACACGGGUGUCGCUGCACCUCGUGCCAUCCCUGUCUCCACGCCACCAUCCUCCGCUCAGUCCUCCCCCUCCUCCUCUCCUCCCUCCAGCACGGACACAUGGGACGACUCGCCGUCUGCGAGCGAGGCGGAUGAGGAGAGCCUCCGCCUGUGGGACUCCUUCAGCUCCUCCUCAGACCCCUUCAACCCACUCAACUUCCAGGCUCCCAUCAGGACCCGUGAGUCUGCCACGGCGAGGGCCGGGAAGAACUCCGCCUACCGCCGCCAAGAGUCUCCACCCGAGUACAGAAAGGAGGAGGCGGAGGACCGGAUGGACAGCGGUUUCUGUGACCUGAUGGCGUUUUCUCCCUCUCUUUUCCGUCAGGUUCGUUUCUGUGACGAUGUGGAGGAAUUCUUUGCCAGCUGUGGGGAGGAGGAGGAGGACCGGCGGGGCCCGUGGGAGGAGCUUGCCCGAGAUCGCUGCCGCUUCCUGCGGCGCUGCCAGGAGGUGGAAGAGAGCAUCGCUUACUGCCUGCAGCCGCAGCACCGCCGGCGCGUGUACGAACAGCUUGCCGCGAUUGGGCAUGCUCCUCAGGGUGUUUGUCUGGCGGCGAGGCCGAGCCCAGCUCCACUGUGAGGAAGAACGCCGCUGGUUCUUCAGUGUUUCUGAGCCUCAUCAUCAUCAGCUUCCUGCUUCCUACCACAGACCCAUGAGCACCACAAAAGAAGAAGAGAGGUCCAGACGCUCCACGUCUGGAAACCCUGUCAGUGUUAAUGUGUCCGAGCAGUGAGGAUGAGGAUGAUGAAGGCUCCCACCUCUGAUUAACCAAUAAAAAGUCCCCGUCUGCAGCAGCUGGGCUUCCAGCUGUUUCCAGUGUUUUCACUCUGAAACCAAAGAAGAAGAGUUUGUGUGUGUGUGUGUGUGUGUGUGUG